AUGGGUGGCUUAGGUUCAAGAUUUCAAACGGAAGGUUAUAGAUUUCCAAAGCCAUUGAUCAAUAUUGUUGGACGACCAAUGCUGUUCUUCUUGUUGGAUCGACUAAAAUUAGAGCCAGAGGAUAAACUAUUUAUUGCAUUAUCACAAGGUAUUGAAGAUGAAUUUCAAGUUGGUGCACAAAUAAAAAAAAUGGAUUCUGUGGAUUUAUCACGAAAAACGAUCUCCUUGGACUGUGAUACUAUUUACUUCUCCGAUAUAUUAGGCACAUUUCGUGCAUCUGAAAGCUCAUGCUGUUUUUAUUUCGAAGACAGAGGGACUAAACCUGUUUUCUCAUACUUGGACAUGAGCGAAGAUAAUGUUGUCCACGCUGUAAAAGAGAAAGUGCCUAUUUCAACGCACGCAAAUACUGGAGCUUAUGGAUUUUCUUCUGGAAACUCACUUCUUUCCAGUUGCAUUCGUGUGUUAGACGUUGGGGUAGACACGAGUGGUGAAUAUUAUAUUAGUAGUGUUAUUACUCAGAUGCUAUCAGAAGGUGCAGUUAUGGCAGAUGUUGCACUGGUUACAUUCGACAAUAUGAAAAAAUUUGGCAUCCCAUACGACGAAGUUUACUUUGGUAAACCAUGGGCUGAUGUUUAUGUAGAUGAUAAAGCUGUUCAUGCCAUGCUGGACACAGAAAAAAUAGCUGGUGAAGUUUAUUUUUAUGAGCAUAUGCCAAAAGAAAUAAAACAUUUCUUCCCACAUAUUACUGAAUCAGUUAAGAAUGAAGCCACGUCUACUUAUACAAUCACUAUGGAUAAAAUUGAGGGAGUUACAUUCUCUCACCUUGCCACAUCUAGAUGUCUAACAAAAGGUCGAUUUAUAAAAUUAUUAGAAGCUCUGCGAUUUAUCCACUCGAGUCAAGCGAGUCUCGAAGGUGACGAAAAAUUAACAGAAAUGAAAACAGCUUGUAUUUAUGCUAAUGGUGCUAGUAAAGUUCGUGUAAGACUACAGCAACAUAAAGCAUUGUAUGAACAGCUUGACAGUGAUGUGGAUCUGACAGUAAAAGGAAUUUUAAACUCUUUGGAUGCAUACGAACAAGCUGAUGCUGGUGUUAGAGCGGCGGUUGUACAUGGUGAUCCCGUUUUUAGUAAUGUGUUAUUAGAAAAAGGUGGUGAGAUUCGACUGAUUGAUAUGCGUGGUAUGUUGGGCGAUGUAGUAACAACGUGUGGCGAUGCUCUCUACGACAUUGCAAAAGUUUUUCAAUCCUUGUGUGGUUAUGAUUUCGUAUUACUAGAUUUACCGAUGGCAUCGAAAGAUGUUGAAAUUCUUGCAGAAUUAAAAGAAAUUUUAAGAUCAUUUGUACAAGCUCAUUAUAAUAUUCGCACUUUUCGAGAUGUAGAGAUUUUGACUGCUUCCUUGUUUUUCAGUUUAAUACCUUUGCAUGAUCGACCGAAUCACCAGAAGGCGUUUUACUCUAUGGCUAGAGGACUAAUCUUCCCCCUCGAAACACUAAAUCAUGCUAAGAAUUUGACGAAAAGUCGAUAUGGAUCAGGAGAUCAAUAG